GAGCUACGUCGUUUGAGACGAGAAAAGGAUGAAAUCCAAGCAGAUCGCCAGACAGUAUAUCGGGAGGAAACAAAGAUUGCACAGGAAUUGCAUAACCUCAGAGAUGAAUUGGCCCGAACAGAGCAUAAUCUGCGUUCUAUAAUAGGAAAAGUUAUUCUCAAUGGUCUGGAUUCUGUUAGAAAGGUCAUAGAGACAUUUCGUGGCCGCUAUGGUCCCGAUUGCGAUAUUGUUCAAGGAUACCAUGGCACCUUGAUCGAGUUGAUUGACUGUCCCGAAACUUUUUACACUAGCGUUGAAGUGACCGCGGGUUCACGACUUUUUUAUCAUGUCGUUCAAACAGACAAACAGGUUAUACGAAUAAUUUCUGAAAUCAACAAGCACAAUCUCCCUGGUGAAGUGCAUUUUCUUCCAAUAAACCGAUUGCAUGCCGGUGAAAGUCAAUAUCCGGAGACUAAUGUAGGAGCAUACUUUUAUUGA